AUGUCAUUGUUCAACAAUCAGUUCUUUGGUGUCAUACCCCAAAGUUUGGGAAUCAACAGCAGCUUGUUGCAGCUGGACUUCACAUCUAAUAAGUUCACUGGUGAAAUUCCCCCAAACCUUUGCCACGGAAAGCAAUUGAGAGUUCUUAAUAUGGGUGGCAACCAACUUCAAGGCAGCAUUCCUUCUGACGUGGGAGGCUGCUCAACGCUCUGGAGGUUGAAACUUGAAAAGAACAACCUCUCAGGUGCCCUUCCAGAAUUUGCAGAAAAUCCCAUCCUCAAUUACGUGGGCAUCAGCAAAAAUAAUAUCACAGGCCCGAUUCCCCCCAGCAUUGGGAACUGUUCUGGUCUCACUGUCAUUGAUCUUUCCAUGAAUAAGCUUACAGGAUUUAUACCCCCAGAGCUAGGUAAGCUUACAAACCUACAGGAAUUGAACCUUUCAUCCAACCAUCUGGAAGGUUCUUUGCCAUCCCAACUGUCUAAGUGUUACAAACUAGGCAAGUUUGAUGUGGGGUUCAAUUCACUGAACGGCUCAAUUCCGUUGAGUUUGAGGAACUGGACGAGCUUAUCUGCUUUGAUUUUAAGAGAGAAUCAUUUUACUGGGGGCAUUCCUCUUUUUCUCUCUGAACUUGAAAUGCUUACAGAGCUACAACUUGGUGGGAAUUUGCUGGGAGGCGAGAUUCCUUCAUCAAUUGGGUCUUUAAAGAGUCUGCAAUAUGCAUUGAAUCUAAGCAAUAAUGGAUUCUUCGGAGAGCUUCCUUCAGAGCUGGGGAACUUGAUCAUGCUUGAACAGCUUGAUAUAUCGAACAAUAAUCUGACAGGAACUAUAGCAGCUCUCGGUAAACUCCAGUCAUUGGUCCAGGUCAAUAUUUCAUUCAAUCACUUCAAUGGUCCAAUACCAGAAACACUAAUGAACUUGCUUAACUCAUCGCCAUCAUCGUUUUGGGGCAAUCCCGAUCUAUGUGUCAGUUGUCUUCCAUCAGGUGGCUUAACAUGCAACGAAAACAGAAGUUUCAAGCGAUGUGACAGUCAGUCAAGAAAUCAAGGUGGCCUUUCCAAAGUGGCUGUUGCAAUGAUAGCUUUUGCUUCUGUGGUUGCUGUUUUUCUGCUUCUUGGACUGGUUUACAUGUUUAUCUUGUGCAGAAGAUGUAAGCAGAAACUUGGGAUUGAAAAUGAUGUUGAACUUGCCGGCCAAGAGGGCCCUUCUUCACUACUCAACGAAGUCAUGCAAGCUACGGAGAAUCUAAAUGACAAACAUAUCAUUGGGAGGGGAACCCACGGAACAGUUUAUAAGGUUUCAUUGGCUGGAGACAAAAUCUUUGCUGUAAAGAAGAUCGUGUUUACAGGCAACAAAGGGGGAAACAAAAGUAUGUUUACAGAAAUUCGAACUGUUGGGAAAAUCAGGCACCGGAAUCUGAUCAAAUUGGAAGGCUUUUGGUUACGGAAGGACUAUGGUUUGAUCCUGUAUGCUUACAUGCAAAAUGGGAGCCUUCGUGAUGUCUUACAUGGGACCACACCACCGCAAACUCUAGAGUGGAGCGUACGCUAUAAAAUAGCCGUUGGAACUGCCCACGGGUUGGAAUAUCUCCAUUACUUUUGCGAUCCUCCUAUUGUGCAUCGUGACAUCAAACCAGAGAACAUUCUUUUAGACUCUGAUAUGGAGCCUCAUAUCUCUGAUUUUGGUAUAGCUAAGCUACUGGAUCAGUCUUCUGCUUCAGCACAGUCUCUCUUGGUUCCAGGCACAAUUGGAUACAUAGCGCCAGGUAACCUUUUCACUUGCUGUUUCAAGCAGCCCUUAUUCUGUUAUCCUAUAUGUUCAUAUUCUAAUAUAAAAGAAUCAUCAUUUGCUUUGACAGAAAAUGCGUUUUCGACAAUGAAGAGCAAGGAAUCGGAUGUUUAUAGCUACGGGGUUGUUUUACUUGAGCUGAUAACUAGAAAGAAGGCAUCGGAUCCAUUAUUUGUGGAGGAAACAGAUAUUGUAGGGUGGGCUAGGUCUGUUUGGAGCAGCACAGAAGACAUCAACAGGAUUGCUGAUUCGAGCAUCAGGGAGGAGUUUUUGGAUUCAAAUAUCAUGAAUCAAGCCAUUGUUAUGCUUUUGGUGGCUCUGAGAUGCACCGAAAAGGAGCUUUACAAAAGACCCUCUAUGAGAGAUGUUGUCAAGCAAUUAGUAAAGAGAAAUGACAACAUCAGAGGCAAACGCAGCUGA